AUGCACCCAUCUGCUUCUCAGGGAGUUUCUUCCGGCUCAGAAGCUCUCCUUCCGCCACCAUCAUCCUUUACACGCUAUUCUCAUCUCUCCGGUGAAGCUCACAAGACGAACGGCGUGCCGUUUCCCCCUCCACCAUACUCUGCCCCUGUCGAAGCUUUUCCCACUACUUCCCAGCAGUCCUUACCUGCGACUACCUUUCCCACCUCGCCUUUCAUCGCACCUCAACACCACUCUGCGAGCCAGAGCACCAGUUCCCUUCGUUCCAAGCGGUCAAACCCAGAUAUCGAGCGGGUUCUCUCGAAACCCGCGCUUUUACGCACAACCCCCCGCCGUCGCGCCCAUUCCACCACCUCAACGAUCGACAGGGACGCCUCACUCUCCUGCGAGUCGCUCACAUCCACCUCUUCAGCAUCUGCGUCCGUUAGAUCUCGUGCAUCGGGAACGAGUAACGCCAAAGGCCGUACCACCUUUUACCAGGAACUAGCGGCUAAAGGCGAUCCCUUGCCACGUCCCAAGCCAGGAGAGUCGCGGCGACCUAUUUCUCCGAGGGUCUUCCUUGAGCGCGGUCCCGUCCACGUUCGGAGUGAUACUUCAGCGCGGCGAUUGGAAGGAUCUGAAUCCACGGGCGCUGUGCAGCAGCAGUCAACUUCAACCACCACCACCAACACCACAGCAGCAGCAGCUAGUUCUGCAGCGACGAUGCUGACUGGGUCGACUGCCACCCGGAGUAGGCGUAGGAGCAACGAGGAUGCGAUGGAUACGAACGACGGCGUUGCCAGUACCACCAGGAAGGCCAACCACCUUCCACGGCUCUCAGCUGUGGGAUAUACCUCCUCCGAUGACGACUCCCCGUCCUCUCCUUCUGAUUACGACGACGACGAUGAGUACCUCUCAGAGCCGUCCUCCGCGAAACUCUCCAUCCCAGCGUUCUACUCCAACCCCAAAGCCACCUCUUCGGAGGGCACACUGGCGUCCAUGCGCUCAGAGUUGACGGUGGAUACCUUCCACACAGGUGACAUGUUCGCGUAUGCGGUUAGGUCGCUGGGGCCUGUUUCCACACCCAGUAUCGGGGAUCUGGGACCUAGUCUAUCAAGGCGGGCGGUGCCUUCGUACCACCAAGAGAGGGAACGCCGGCGAUCGAAGAACACAGCGCCCAAUUCUGCUCCAGCUACGACCGCCAACCAGCGCUACCCCACCACCACCUCCUCCGCAGCACCACAAAGGCACCACCUCCUGAACGACGCGCAGCCUCUUCUUCCUCGAAGGAGUUCAGUGGGGAGUGCGAAGCGCGGUUCGCAAGAAUCGACGCCUCGUCCUCCGGAUCGUGUGCCGACUGUCAAGAGGGUUGCCAGGGUGUCGGGUGGUGGUUUGAGGUCUGGGGAGACUACUCCCCGCGUUCCGUCUAUGCGGAGGGCUCGGACGUCGUCUGGUGCUGCUGGUGCUGCUGCCGGUGCGCGCUUUCAAGGAGGAGUCGGGGUAUCGCCCACUUCUCCCACCUACACCGGCAUCUCACCCACAUCUACGACGUACACCGGCAUCUCACCCACAUCCACGACGUACACCGGUAUCUCGCCUACCUCGCCUACCUACCCCGCCUCACCCACCUCACCUAUCUCGCCUACUAACGCCAACCCCAAUUCAACGGUGUCGACGACAAGCAAAGCUGGGAGGGGCUCGACGGUCCUCAAUACGCGAUUAUCUGCUUUCGGCAAUGGCAGUGGCACUACUAGUUCGAUCUCAACAUCUGCGAUUACAAACGUAAACGCGAGCGGGGUGGUCGUCGCUCCACCUCGAGCGAGCUCGUUGUACGGGAGUUUGGUUUCUCCGACUGCUCUGACUGGCGGGGAUGCGAAUCCCCGUACGACUGAAGGAAGGGAUGUCGUUGAGAAGGUCGAUGACCGCAAUAUAUCGAAGAGCAAUUUAUCGUCGAAGAGCGAGGCCAACGCGGGUGUGGAGAAGGAGGAGAACGACAACGAGAAGGAGCCGGAGGAAAGUGUCACCGCUGCUGUCAUGCUGGAGUACCAAGAUCCACGGCGGAUGAGUGUCGUCGUCGAGGAGGAUGGGUCAGUGAUGGAUCUCGGAGAUCGUCGAGUGCCGACGAAAGAACGGUUACCGUAUCACCCUCAGCCCCACGCCCACCCUCAGUCUCACCCUCACGCCCAGUCACAACAGCAACAACUCCAGCCUCCCCUUCAAUCUCAGCAAGAGAAGUCUGUGUACGAGUACGAGAAGCAGCAUGCACAUGGGUCGUUGAGGACCAUCCAGGACGUGGAGAUUAAGGAUACGCGGCCCCUUUCGACAAGGAGGGAGAAGAAGCGGGUGUUGAGGGUUGUUAAUCAGGGGUCGAAUGAUGAGUUGGGAUCUGCACUUUCGGAUGGCGUCGGUGUUGAGGCCAGGGAUGUACAGAACGUUUCAGCCAGUCUCGUCGAACGUCCAGCCAACGAGGUCCUCCAACCGCCACAGCCACAACCACCAGCGGCAACCCAGCACCCUCCUCUCACCGCGCAGCAAAGCAAUGCCAGCAAACUCGAACUCGAGACCCGCGCAGAGAAGGACCGGAUGGUUCGCGAGAUGGCGCUCAACUCGAAGAUCAAGAAGCAGGCGGCGAUCGCAGAGGCUAUCGGGGAGUCCAUCUCUCCCGCGACGACUGCGGAUCGGCUGUCCUUCGAGACUGCUGCUACUGGUUUCGACGAGGACGAUGACGAUGACGAUGACGAACUUGGCAUUGGCGUCGGUGGAAAGAUAAGGAGGAACGGGUAUAGAGAACGGAGUGGCGGCAGGAGGGUGAACGGGAUGGACGUUAUACCCUACGACGUCGGUGGUACCGAUGACGAGGACGAGGAAGAGGAGGGAGAUCGCGGAUUGGGCAAUUUAGGACUGGGUGGUCAUGUCAACAACGUCAAUGUCAAUUCGCAUUUGAACGACGCGAUGGACGGUGGUGUUCGCGACGAUCCUUCUUCCUCCACCCACCCCAAUCCCAACACCAACCCCAACAAGGACAUGGACAACAUCCGACCAAACACCUCGCGGGGCCCUCAAAAGCGCCCUCCUCCGCUGGUUCUGAGGGAGGGUUCGUCCAGUUCCAGCUCCACCCGGCUCGUCGCUUCCCAUCGUCGUAUUUCUACUGGUGUUACUUCGCACGGACGGGGUGCUACGCCUGGUAUCGCGAGAGACCAGAGGAAUACGCUCGCCAUCGUUUCUGGCGCGAGGAACGGGCGCAGUGGGUAUCGCCAUUCGAGGUCGAAUAGCUCGCCUAGUGUGUCGCCCAGGCCGCAUCAGAAGUUUGAGACGGGUGAAGGUGGUGAGAAGGAUCUUGGAGCGUUGAAGAGGAGUGUUGGUGCCCUCCCAAUCCCUCCAUCCCCCAAGGCCAUGUCGAUCAUCUCCACCACCUCCACGAUCGCGCCUAUCGUCGGCCCUCGUCCUCCCUCCGAAAAGGAACUGCGUCGACGACGAUUCUUGAAGCUCACCAAGACGCUUGGAGAGGACAUCCCGCCCGAGCUGUUGGUGGUUAACUGUCACGGCGAGCGAGUACGAGACUCGAUCAUCUUGAACGGCGGAGUGCCGGGCGCUGUGUUAACGAAGGAUAAGGACGGGAAGGACAGAGAGAGGGGUGGUAGUUCGAAGGAGAAGGACGGCAAGCCAUCGAAGGAGAGUAAACCCUCUAAAGAAUCCAAGAACGCGUCGAAGGAGAAAGAGAAGGAGGCGAAGAAGAAGAAGCGGAGGAGGAACAGUACCGGACAGAAACAUAUCAUCGAUCCGUUGAUGGAAGCCCUCCUACUCGCCACGCCGGAGGAGAUCAUGAACAAUCCAGAGCUGAGGUGGAAGGUGACGGGUAUACCGCCUUCGCCUUUGGGUCCGAACUUUAAGGGUGGGCAUGUUGGGAAGAAGGGGAGCUGGUCGAAGGACAAGGAGAAGGAGAGUGGGAGUGGGAGGAGGGGCAGCGCGUCGCAGGAGAGUGGAGGGCCUCCGCCCAACGCGAGGGAUAGCGGGUACCUAGCCAACGGGAAGGACCAGUCGUCGAAGGGUGGUGGGAGGGGACGCAGUGGGAGUAGUGGCAGCACCGGUCCCGCCCUGCGCGAGACCAACCCCAACGUCCUCAAGAAGAAGGACAGCUUGCGCAAGAGGAAUGCGCUCAGUGUCGCUGAUAGCGUUAACAGUGUGGGCGUCGUGCCUGAGGAGGGGGAAGACUCAGGAUCAAGGAAGUCGACGUCUACGAAGAACCGGUAUAGCGAUGGUGUUGUUGUGGGUGUGGGUGUUGGAGGCGGUGUAAAUGGUCACGCGCGGAAACCGAGUUCGGCGCUCCUCUCCCCUCUUUCCCUCCAAAUCGACCGAAUCGCCUCGCCGGAUCCGGUGCCCAUCCCGUACUUUGAAGAUCACCCCUUCCGACUGGUCGUCGAAGACACCGAUUCGCACCAAACGCUCACUCCCGACCCUUCCAACCCACACCCCAACGAGUCCAACAACUCCAAUGGCGGACCAACGUCUCAUCCACCAUCCGCCCGCCCACCGUAUAGCAGCUACGGGACGUGGACAGGGCGGCACCCGACGCAGGGGGAGAGAGGCGAGCGGAUCUCGAGGGGGGAGAUACCGUGGAUGCGGGCCUCGCUUACUCUGCCUUUGGGUGACGAAACGCCGUUUAUUGAUUAUGCGAUUGCGGUGCAUGGGGCUGCUGCUGCUGCUGGUGUUGGCGGGAACGCGAAUGCGAAUGCGGGUUUGUUAGGGAGGAGUGGGGGAGGAGUGGCGCCGGCGGGUGCUUCGGCGAGCCCGUUGACCCCCCGGGCGUUUGGUGUUGGAGUGGAGAGUGGGAGGACGUCGGGGCUUAGUGGUGUUGGAGGGUAUUUUGGGCCUGGAGGCAACUCUCGCUUCCUAAGUGUACCCUACGACUACGAAGCGCAGGACCCGCUCGAAGCUACGGGCGUGUACAGGCGGGAGAAGCGCCAGGGGUGGAGUGGGGAGUGGAAUCAGCCGCAUAUUCAGGAUGUGAUUGAAAAGUUGAGGAAUUUGUGA